AAAAAAAAAACACCUUAAUUUGAGCCGUCUGUGGAGAGAGAGAGAGAGAGAGAGAGAGCGCAAGUCCACUGCUACAUCAAUGGCCGGAAAGUGGCUGGCGACGGUGCAGCAAACGAGCAGCGGGCGGCCGGUCUUCCUAGAGAACGAAAUUGAGUGCUCCCUAGUCUCCGCCGUUGACCUCGAAUGUGAUGAGCUCUCCGACUUCCCUUCUCUCAAGUCCGGCCUCCUAAUCCUCACCACCCACCGCCUCCUCUGGCUGCCUCCAGAUUCCUCCACCUCCUCCCCAUCAUCCGCCGUUUCCCUUCCUCUCUCCUCCGUAUCCCACAUCCACUCCUCCAAGAAGUCUCUCAAGUCCAUCUUCCACUCCCCCCGAGUCCGGUUCCAGGCCUCCCUCAACCCGGGUCCGAGAUCGGUGGCGAUCACCAUCGUCAUGAGGGGAAAGGGCGACUGCGACGCGUUUCUGGGGAAGUUCUGGGAGAACUGGCGGGCGAGGGCGUGGGAGAAGGAGAGCGAGAGCGAGAGUACCCGGUCGGGUAGGGGAGGGGAUUCCCAGUCUAAGUCUGGAUCGGCUAAUGUUUCUGGCGGGUUUUAUACGAGGGAAGGGGCGGUGAGGAUGGUGGGGGUGUCGGGGAUACUGAGGAAGGAGCAGGAGAUGUGGGAGAGUACGGACAAGAGCCUGCAGGAGGCGUUCCUGGAUUUGAAUGCUCUCAUGAGUAAGGCUAAAGAGAUGGUGAUGCUAGCAGAGAAAAUGAGGCAAAAACUUCUGAGUGGCUCAAAUUCUCAAACUGGCACCACAAAUGAUGAAGAGAUGGGUUCCAAAGAAGAGAUGCAAGAUUGGCUAUUGAGUGUUGGUAUAAUAUCCCCGGUUACGAAAGAGUCUGCUGGUGCGCUAUAUCAUCAACAGCUGUCCCGUCAGUUGGCAGAUUUUGUCCGAAUUCCACUUGAGAGAGCUGGAGGAAUGAUGAAUCUUAUAGAUGUCUAUUGUCACUUCAACCGUGCUCGAGGCACAGAGUUGAUCUCACCAGAGGAUUUGUUGCGGGCAUGUUCUCUCUGGGAGAAGUUUGAUGUCCCGGUGAUGCUUCGGAAAUUCGAUAGUGGGGUCAUGGUCAUCCAGAAUAAGUCCCACAGUGACGUGGAGGUUUUUGCAAGAAUCAAGGCCCUUGUGACAGAUCCGGAUGCCCUCCGAACUGGGAUAAGUCCAAGUGAUGCUGCAAUGACAUUAGGAAUUGCUCCUGGCAUGGCAAAGGAACAUCUUCUAACUGCUGAGAGCAAAGGUUUGCUAUGCAGAGACAUAAGUCCUGAUGGCUUUCGCUUUUAUAUCAACCUCUUCGCUGACAUCAAUACGGAUGAUGUUUACUUGAUCAAAGAUCAUAGUAUGUAUGCUACAUGGGUUAGGGUAGCCUCUGCUUCUAGUUAAUUUCAAAGUUCCAGUUAGGAACGAUAGGAUAGAACAAGGUUGUCGAACCAUGAACAGGGCAGAUAA